GCGGUCACAGCUGAAACUUCACAGGACACCGGGGGAGGGGAAGAGGAAGUUACCUCACUGUCGGCGUGGUGACGUCACUGCACAUUCGAGUAAACAUGGCGUCCGUGACAACAGCCACCUCAGAGUGGAUCCAGUUUUUCAAGGAUGCUGGGAUCCCAGCCGGCCUCGCUGUUACUUACGCAGUAUCCUUUGUGGAUAACAGAAUUCAAAAGAACAUGCUGAUGGACCUGAGCAAGGACAUCAUGAUGGACCUCGGCAUCACUGUUGUUGGUGACAUCAUUGCCAUUCUCAAACACGCCAAGCUUGUCCACAGGCAGGACAUGUGCAAAAUGGCCACAGAAGCCAUCAACUCAGGACAGACCAGUGUGAAAGCAGAGCUGAGAAGAACUGCCAAUACUCCUGCUACUCGUAUGAUAGCCAACGCUCUGAGCCACGACUCGCCACCAACCACCCCAGCCCGUCGACCCGACAACCGCCUCUCAGUCACUGUGUCCAACGUGCCAGCAAACAAGAAUAGCAAAGCAGGUAAACACCAAGUUGUAAGUCAGCCAGCAGACGAAGGGAACGAGUUGGCAGCCGCGAAGCACCGGCGUGUGACCGCAGAGAUGGAAGGCAAGUACAUCAUCAACAUGCCCAAAGGCACCACGGCACGCACACGCCGCAUCCUGGCUCAACAGGCCAAGAAAGGUUUGAAGCGCACCUCUGUGUUUUCAAGACUUGGAGCUGAGGCCAAGGCGGACACGGCAGCCAACACAAAGAAGCCCACAGGCGUGUUCAGCCGUCUGGACCGAGCAGACGAAUUGGAGGAGGCGCUCAGGUCGGCGAAGAAGGCGGCGAGCGCGCAGGAGGACGACAGCGACGGGGACGGCUCCGUCCUCCAGUACGCUGGCGUCCUCAAGAAGUCAAACCCCUCCGUGAGGAGUGAGCACACCAAAAAGCCGGCCCCGAUCACACUGCGGCGCCUGGGUGGGAAAUUUAAACAAGCCCCGCCAGAAGCGCCCACCUCCUCCUCGUGCUCCAACGGCGUCCCCCCUGCCAAAGUGAGCGUGCUUCAGAGACUGGGAAAGCUCCCCGCCACCACGCACCAGUCCGCCGUUACCGUGUCCACUCCGACGGCUGACACGCAGGACAACAGGGUGACCAGUACCCGGCCCAAAGCCAAGCAGAAAGGCAGCAUAACGAGCUGUAAAGUCAGCAGCAGCACCAAUGCUGCAGGAGGAGGAGCGGGGGACUGUGCGGGCGCCCAGAUGGACUUCCAGGCUGUCAGUGUUUUUAAGAGACUGGGCGGCAAAAAAAAAUAACUCACAUCCCAAACUUUUUUUUUUUUUAAGGACUGCAAAUUGAUAAGAGUUUAAAGUUUUAUUUUGUGUACGGACAAUGACACAAUCUUUUAUUUUUACAUUUGGUGUCACCUAAAACCUCAUUUUUACAGUUUGAAGCUCCUCCCCUUGUAUUUUAGUGUUUGGACAGAGUCAUAUCUUUCACUUUAAAGAAGUAAAUAUCCAAGUAGUAGAAAAAGAGCCUGAGGCAUAAGCAUGACAGUGAUAGUAUUUAGCUUUUUCCUUUGAAGGAUGCUGCUGUUACAAUACUCAUAGUCCUCUUGAACCAUAUAUUUCUUUUAAGUUUUUUUUUUAUUUAAAAUCUAAAGAACUUACUUUCCCCCCUCAUUUAAUGCAGUCUGAUUAAAACCUUUAACUCGUCAGAUGGGGACGCCGUGGCACGGUUGGGAAAGUGGCCGUGCCAGCAACCUGAGGGUUCCUGGUUCUAUCCCCACCUUCUACCAACCUCGUCACAUCCGUUGUGUCCUUGAGCAAGACACUUCACCCUUGCUCCUGAUGGGUGGUGGUUAGGGCCUUGCAUGGCAGCUCCCGCCAUCAGUGUGUGAAUGGGUGAAUGUGGAAAUAGUGUCCAAGCGCUUUGAGUACCUUGAAGGUAGAAAAGCGCUAUACAAGUCUAACCCAUUUAUGUAGAACAAGCCAUAGGAUGACAUUUGACCCCCUUUUCCCCAUCACCACCUGCAACAGUGCGUUUUCAGCAUUGCUCGAUAAUUUUUCUGCACCUCCUGCUCUUGCAUUUGCAGGAAUGAAUACCUCUAAACCUCCUGGUCCACUUUUCUACCACUACGGAGUAUUCUCUACCUGAAGGCAGCAUGUUGAGUAUUUUCAAAAUGCAAUGUAUAGAUUUACUAGCCUUGAUUUCACACAGACUACAUCUAUAUGACACUCGAUAUUUUUCUAUGUGAAGAAUCCAACCUAGCCCUAAAUGUACUGUGAGCAGUCGUUGGUCAGCACUUGGCCAGUAGGUGCUUUGUCCCAUCCAAUCAAAUGGUGUCACCAAACACCUGUCUUGUCUUUUAGACGUCACACUUGAAUUUUGUUAAGGUUCUACACAAUUAAAGUGUUUUAUUGUCUCCAGAAACAUAAAAGAGAACAAAAAAAAAAAGGAUCUGCAUUAAAAAAAGAGCGCCUCGUAAGAAGAAUAAAAAUAAGGGUCCACAA